AUGGCUUCGGGGCUGCCUUGUGCUGGAUGUCUGCUAGGUGCCCUCUGCUGGAACGCUCUGCUCUUGCCCCUCCUCUUCAUGCUUCAGGGUCUAGACGGCAUCUUGGCGCAGGAACCAAUUGAGCUGGAGGUCUUACAACCUGGCCUUGGAGAGAAAAUCAAGAUGAUUUCGAACGAAGGGACUACCCUCAGGUUCAGGUCAGAGGGACUGCGGGAUAGAUGUGAGCCUGCUGUGCUGCUUGUGAAGGCCACGCCCACACUGAUGCUGGUGACAGGCUCGGCACACUGGUUCGUGAUAGAGGUGAACGGGGCGGAGGUCGAUAGGAUGACGUACUGUCACUGCGAAGACAAGUUUGUUUGCUUCAUCAACAUGUAUGUCUUCAACCUGACUCCCGGGAACGUCUCCCUUGUCCUGAAGAUAUCGGACGACAAGAAUGAGGUAUCUGGAAGAUUUGAUCGCACUCAAGGUCAGCGAACAGAGUGUUUCUGCAGGUACAACUUCAAGGAUUUGCACAAGCACAGCCUGGUCUGUAACUCAAACUCCUCCUGCGAGCUCAAAGGAAACGCGACCAUGCCCAGCAGAUGA